AUGGCCUUUGAGCGAAGCCUCGACAGCACGGCCGUGCCCCCUCUGAAACACCUCAACAUCGCCUUUCCCUGGGAGCCGGCGUCGGACCUCAACGCUCCGAUCGCUGCUGGUCAGGCGCAGUUCCUCAACAUCGACGCCGCCGAGCUCGACUCGGACUCGGACUCGGAGCUGGAGCAUGCGCAGGCGCCUCGUCAGGAGGCGCCGCGCCAACAGCCCCUCGCCACCGUCCAGCGCGUCGCCCCGGCAGAAGUGCCGACGGAGCAGUACGAGGAGCACCCGUACGAGGAGAACCCGUACGCCCACGACCAAUAUGCUCAGGAGCAGUACACCCAAGAACAGUACGACGCAUACCAUCAGCAUGCGUACCCGGAGCAGUACGAGCAUGCCGGCUACGAGCACGACCAGAACGCAUACAACGAGUACCCGCGCGAGGUCGAGACCCAUGCCGAAAAUGAGUAUGCAAACUACACGCCGCACGAGGCGCAGUACACGCACCCUGAUGAGCACGCCUACGAGCCUCACCUCUACGACCAGGACCACGAGCCCGCGUCGGCGCAGCCGGAAUCGCGCUCUUCUCCUGAAGAAGAGGUCGAGGUGCCGGUGCGCCGGGCCACACGCACGCAGCGUGGCUACCCCGGUACGCCGGAAACCGAGGGAGUGGCCUCGCCUGAAGCAUCAUUCCCCACGCCCUCCAUGCCUGGCGCGCUCUAUGGCAUCGAGGAGGACCGCGACAUCUCUCCGCCCCAGCCGGAAAAGUCGAUCAAGAACACCGCGAGUCGCUUCUUCAAAAAAGUGAUUCCCCCGCGCACAAAGCGCUCCACCGACGUGCCGCCGAUGCCUCGCAUGGCCGAGGCAGAGCCGGUCGCGACGCCGGUCGAGCCCGAGGUCGAGGCACCCGCCAAGCCCAAGACCACCUUCCGCGACCGCCUGCGCAGCAAGUUCCCGAUGCGCUCCGCCUCGCAGGACCGCGUCGAGGAGUCGGCGAACCAGCCGCCGCGUGCGGCCAUGUUCAACGGCAUGCUGGACCCGCUGCCGCUGGCGUUUGUGCCGUCGGGGGACAACAAUGCCACUGAUCCCCAGACACCCGCCUCGCCCGAGCUCCAGGGCCGCGUGCGCAACAUGGCGUCCAACAUGGACCGCGCCCCGUCGCCGGACAUGCCCUCGCCGACGUACUCGGCGCCGCGCGAGCCGAGCGCAUACUAUGCGCAGAACAAGGCGCAGAACGAACGCGUGUCUAGCUGGACCAAGCGCCGCGGCGACAAGGCGCCCAAAGGCGCCUUCUUUGGCCUCUUUAAGAAGUUCGGCCAGGCGAACCCGCCGAUUCCGGAGCAGCCGCCGACGCUCUCGCACAAUGCCGCGAGCGGCAUCCUGCCGAACGGCAGCAAGGAGGAGCCGAUGCCUUCGCAGUUUGAGGAGCGCCGCCGCGAAUCCAUCCUGCGUUCGCGCCGCCGCAGCCGCAGCGUCGGUGCAUUUGAGCUCCCCGAGACGAUGGAGGCGGCGCCGUCGCGCCCGCCUCUGAACCAUGCUCCAAUCCCCACGCACAAGCUCUCGGACGAGGACCUCGCGGCGCCGAACCGCGCAUCGUACAUGUCGGGCCGCACCACGGCCGACAGUUUUGCGACGGCGCACGACGACAGCAGCGACGCCGUCUACCCCGACUUUAUCGGCAACCACGAGCCGGCGACGCCGAGGUCGGCGCGUAACAGCCAGCGCUACUCGCAGUCGAGCAACUCGCGCCUGAGCGACUCGCACGGCUCCAUGUUCAGCCAGGGAUCGCAGUCGACGGUGCCUACGUCCAUGGCGCCCUCGACCUCGAACCUGUCCAAGCCGUCGAGCGUGCGCGAGCGCGGUGCGCCGCCGCCUUCGUCGUCGAAGCGCUACAGCAUGAACCAGUUCCAGGGCAGCGCGCUUCCUCCGCAAGUGCCCGAGAUGCCCACGCCGGCGCUCGACACGCUGCACGACGACGAGGAGAGCGCCGUGUCGAAGGAGCAGCCCAUGCAGCGCGUCGCUGCCCCCACGGAGCAGCCCGUGCCGCGCCCGGUGGGCCCCAAGCCGCAACCCGUGCCGCGCACCGUCGCCCCCCUCUCGGCGGCCCCUGCGCCGGACGCGACCGGCGACAGCAAGCGUCUUUCGCUGGGCUUUGGCGACGACUCGUGGCUCUUGGACCUUGACUUUGACCGCGCCUCGCCGGAAAAGAGCGCCAAGGAUACGAGCGCUCCCCUCUCUACCUUGGACAUCAAGCCCCAACCCCCCAAGCGCACCGCACCGAUCCUCUCCAACAAGAUUAGCGAGAGCGAGGCACCGACGCUGGCGCUGCCGGAAUCGUUCAGCCUCUCGCCUGUGCUUGUGGAUUACUUGUAA